GUCAACAGCUAAUCUCUGAUUUAGUUUUUUCACAAUCAGUAGCGAAGGUGGAGGAUUGAAAAGUGCACAAACUGGCAGACGAAUUAGGGGAGAUGCCGACAGGAAGCCUUCCAAAACUUUCACUCUUAUUAAAUACAGACAAGCAAGUCGAGAACGGAGGAACUUCAUUUGACACAGAGGACUGUAGCGAAGCUAAUAAUGCUGUUUUAUGUUGGCGUCCAUCAUAUUAAAUAUCCAUUAUCACAAUGUCUGAACUCUAAACAGGGAUAGAUAAAAGUAGGUUUUAUCUUCCAUGGAUUACAAAGGUUAGGCUUGGCAAAGGGCUGGGCAUGCGGGUACGCUGUGCAACAUUUACACCACUUUCCCCUUUGCACAGUCUAAGGCGUGCUGUGAGUUUGAGUUGCCUGCCAGGCGGCCGACGCUGCAGACUUUGACUGUAAACAGACAUUACAAAAACAAGACGACUGUUAAGAUAAGCGUAUUUUUUUCUGCUGCUGCCCGUUUUUGCGCGCUUUAACCAUGUGGUUUUAUCAUUUUUUGCUGAGCUUUGACCUGAAGGGGCUUUUUUUGUUUGUUUUAUCAUUUCUUCUGAUAGCUGAUUACCUGAAGAACAGGAAACCAUCAAACUUUCCUCCAGGACCAAGAGCUCUUCCCUUCGUGGGAAAUAUCUUGACUUUGGACAGCAAGCAUCCACACGUUUAUUUCACCAAGCUGGCUGACCUCUAUGGCAGCGUCUUCAGAGUCCGCCUCGGCUGGGAUACGUUGGUGAUUGUGAGCGGCCACAAGAUGGUGAAAGAGGCCAUUGUGACGCAAGCUGAGAACUUUGUGGACCGGCCGUACAAUGCAGUCGCUGACAGGUUUUACGCUGAGCCCUCAGUUGGUCUAUUCUUGAGCAACGGUGAAAAAUGGAAGAGACAGCGACGUUUUGCUUUGGCUACCUUACGUAACUUUGGUCUGGGGAAGAACAUGCUGGAGCUCAGCAUCUGUGAGGAGAUCCGACACCUGCAGGAGGAAAUAGAGAGUGAGAAAGGUAAACUUUUCAGCCCUGCCGGCCUCUUCAACAACGCUGUGUCCAACAUCAUCUGCCAGCUUGUCAUGGGGAAAAGAUACGACUACACUCACCACAAGUUUCAGACGAUGCUGAAGUACAUGUCUGAGGUGAUUUGGCUGGAGGGGAGCAUUUGGGGCGAACUCUAUCAGGCAUUCCCCAGCGUGAUGAAAUAUUUGCCAGGCCCUCACAACAAAAUCUUCAGGAUUUACACCAGCAUACAAGAUUUCCUUCAUGAGGAAAUACAAGAGCACAAGAAGCAUUUGGACCACAACAACCCUAGAGACUACAUUGACUCUUUUCUCAUUGAGAUGGAGAACCAAAAAGACUCCAACCUGGGCUUCACAGAGAGCAACCUGGCUUUCUGCUCUCUUGACCUCUUCCUAGCAGGAACAGAAACAACAGCGACCACGCUGCUGUGGGCUUUGAUUUUCCUCAUUAAAAACCCCGGUGUCCAAGAGAAAGUCCAGGCAGAGAUUGAUAAAGUGAUCGGACAGAGUCGCCAGCCCUCCAUGGCCGACAGACAGAACCUGCCGUACACUGAUGCUGUGAUCCAUGAGAUCCAGAGGAUGGGGAACAUUGUUCCACUGAACGGAUUCAGGGUCGCUGCCAAGGAUACAACUCUGGGUGGUUACUUCAUACCAAAGGGAACAUCUGUGAUGCCCAUGUUGACAUCCGUACUGUUUGACAAAACUGAAUGGGAAACUCCAGACACCUUCAACCCUGGACACUUCCUGGAUGCCAAUGGGAAGUUUGUGAAGAGAGAAGCAUUCCUCCCGUUCUCUGCAGGAAAACGUGUGUGUCUUGGUGAAGGCCUCGCUAAGAUGGAGCUGUUCCUGUUUUUGGUCGCCUUACUGCAGAAAUUUUCUUUCUCUGUUCCUGAUGGAGUUGAGCUGAGCACUGAAGGAAUCACUGGAGCGACGCGCGUACCUCACCCCUUCAAAGUGUCUGCUAAGGCUCGCUGACAGAUCCGCCAUUAUUGUUUGUUCUCAAGAGAAGAAUAAGUACAAUGUAGCAAAAGCUCUUAAACGUCUUAGCAGUGCUUCUUGUUCGGCAAGACUGAUUGUAUGCAUCUCUACUUUAUAAUCUGGGUGAUGGUUUUACGUAACAGUAUAUGUUAUUAGCAAACAAUGCAACAUACUGUGACCUGCUGACUCCUACUGGGAGUUCAGGAGCAAGAAAUCCUAGAUGGCAGACAAAAAACAAUUCACAAGACAUUAAAAUACUCCAGUUGAUUGCAAAAUAAGACAACUUAUCAAAUUGUGAAGUAAAGAUUUACAAAUAUGUAAUUUGAUAUGUUUCCCACUGCGUUGAAUUAAUAAAGCAGAAAGAUGAAAUGUC